UUAAAUUUAUCAGUAAUUAUACAUUUUUUAAUUCAAAUUUAUUGCUCAAAUUUUUUAUAUGUAUUUCAUUAAACUUGAAUAUUCUUUCUAUUAAUAAUUUUAGUUUUCUAUGAUUUAAAUGUCAUAAAAGCUUUAAUUGAUUGUUAAACUAUUCAUUAUAUGGAAUUAUAUUAUUUAUAUUACUGACAACAUUAAUUUAAAUUAUUAGUAAAUAAUAAAAUUAAAAAGGAUCUAAGAUGGUAAUAAUCUAACAAAAGUAUACUAAUGUUUUAACUGGGAUGUUUCAAUUUAUCAUAACAAAAUCUAGAACAUUCUCAUAAGGCAUAUUUUAUACCUUUUUUUUGUAAUUGUAAUUAUGAUAUUUUUGGAAUUUUAUUGAAAAUACUAAGCUUCAUAUUCUAAUGUCACAGUGAAAAAUGUUCAACUUACAAUAUGAAAAAAGAAAUAAAAUUUGACCUCAGGCAUACAAAUUAAUUUUUUUUAUAUAAUCAGCAGUAAAUCAAAUAAAUCUAUUUAAUAAGAAUAAUUUACAAGAAGUUAUCUUAUGUAUUUUGAAGUCAAUAAAUCAAAAACUGUUAAUAAAUAAAAAAAUGGCAUCUAACAUAAUACAUUUUGAAAAAGAUAUAGAGUUCUCAAAAAAAGUGGUAUUAAAUACCUCAAAAAAAUUCCCUGAUCCAAAAUUUAUCUUUUCUGAAACUUCCUGGAAGUUAGAUCAAUUCCAAAAUUUGAAAACAAAGUUGAACUUUGUUAAACAUAAGUUAAAUGAUUUUAUUCUAGAAGAAUGGCAUGAGCACACAUCAAAAAUGAAUCCAUCUGGAUUAGUUGUAAAUCAUGUUAGAAAACAUAUACACCCUGAUUUUUUGACUCAAGCAUGGUGUAAAUUUUAUGAAAUAAUGUGUAAUUCUUCAUUAGUUUCACAAAAAUCAUUAUUGACAGGUAAUAUGUGUUCUGUUCAUUUAUGUGAAGCUCCUGGAGCCUUCAUUUCAGCACUUAAUCAUUUCAUGGCUCUAAAUCAUCAAUCUAUAAAAUUUGAUUGGUUAGCAAUGACAUUAAAUCCUUAUCACGAGUCAAAUGGCCAUCCUGAUACUGUAAGUGAUGAUCGAUUAAUAUUUAGUACAAUUGACAAAUGGGAAUUUGGGCCAGACUAUACAGGAGAUAUUUUUCAGCCUAGGUAUCAUGAACACUUAUAUGAAACAAUUUCAAAAAAAUUUGAUAAUGGUGCAAGUUUAGUAACUGCUGAUGGUAGUAUAGAUUGCUCAGAUGAUCCAGGAGAACAGGAAAAUAUUGUUAUGAGUUUGCAUAAUUAUGAAAUGAUGGUAGCUUUAAAUAUUAUACAAAAUGGAGGGUCAUUUGUCCUUAAAAUGUUCACAAUUUUUGAGUGCAAUACUAUUUGUAGAAUUUAUUUAUUGUGUUGUUUAUUUCAAUCAGUAGAGAUCCAAAAACCAGCUACUAGUAAAUCUGGUAAUUCAGAAGUUUAUGUAGUUUGUAAAGGUUAUAUGGGUAGAUCACUAGCAACACCUUACAUCCAAAUGUUUUUUAAAAGUAAAAAUCAUGACAAUGCAUUGUUACCCCUUAGUCAAAUACCUAAUAAUUUUAUUGACGAACUAUAUAACUGUUCUAGUUAUUUCUGUGAUUUACAAAUAAAGACUAUAGAAAAAAAUAUUAUUACAUGGAACAAUAAAAAUGAAUCAUAUAAAGAAAUAAAUGAAAUUCAAAGGAUUAUAUGUCAAGAAUAUGUAAACAGGUACAAAUUAAAACCAAUUCGUUGGGAUCAAGAUGUUAUUUCAUCGAGUAAUUGGUCAAGAGCUCGUAAUAAUAAAAGGAAAAUUAAUAUAUCAUAUUCAGAAAAAUUGCGUCGUCGUGAUUUAUGUUUACAAGAAGAAGCUGUUUUAUUAUACCAAGAAAUAGUGAACUUCAGUAAUAGUAAAACCAAUGAGUGUCAUGAAAUUUUAUGGGGACGAUGUGAUCAAGUAAGUUUAAAUAUUUCAAAUGUAAAAUAUUGCUUGGGAAAACCAGUAAUUCAAGUGAGAAGCUCAAAAUUUUGUAAUGACUCAUUACUUCAGUACCGCAUUAAGAUAAUUAACAAAUUCCCAUGUAUUGAUAGUUUGAGUAAUUCAGAAUCACGAAUAUUAUACUUUAAAACCAAACUAAAUUAUUCAAAGAAUGGUAUAAAUAUUUGUGAUCUCACAGACACAUAUGCUAAAAAUCGCAAUAAUAAUGUUAUCCUACAAUACAGCUGUUUAUUUAAUAUUCUUGAAACAUUACAACAAAAAUCAGAAGAUUUUUUACUUAUUGGUUAUCCAUUAUACACCCAAAUAGCUGUGGCAUGUUUUUUUGUAAUUGCUAGUAUGUUUGAUACAUUUGCAAUAAUAAAGCCUGAUCGAAACUUUGGUCAUGCAUUUGCAUUUUUUGGAUUUAAAAAUCUUGAAAAUUGGCUUAAUAUAUUAAGUGAAGUGUUAAAAUAUAUUUUACCUAGAAAUGAUUCUUAUACAAGAUCAAAAUUAGCCUUAGUUUCUUGGCUGCCAAUUCAGCAACUUGUGAAACAAAGAUCACAUCUUGAUAUUGUACUUCUUAAUAACUUAUGUAUUGCAUAUGAAGUUGAACCUAUUUUACUAUCAUUUAUUCAAUCUUAACUUAUUGUGAGACAUUGUACUUAAUAAAAAGUAUAAUUAACAAUUAUAAAAUAUUUUUACAAUUUAUUUCUAGUUUUAGAAAAAAUACUUUCAUGUUAACCUAUUUAAAUUAUAAGAAAUU